AUGCGCGACAAGUCCAGCACAAGGUCACUCGCAGGGAAGAAGCUGAAGCUGAUACCCUACAAGCGGACGCGGGCGCGGGGGACCUCAACGGAGUUCCUGGUGGAGGAGCUCACGACAGAUGAUGGGCUCUUGCUCUCUGGAGGGCUGCUGCUAGAGGCUCGCUCCAACUGGGUCCGAGACCUGAUGUCUACCGGUCGAUCGCUCCUCCUCCGCCGGAUCGCCGACCGUCUUGGCUUCAUUGGCCUCUGGUCCGUCUUCGUCUCCCUCCUCUUCGCCUUCUCCCCCGACGACUGGCACGUGCACGAGGUCCUCAAGGUGCCCGAGUGGCCGCACGAGCUCGUCGGUGGUUUCCUGUCCAUCCUCCUCGUGUUCAGGACAGAUCAGGCGUACCAGAGGUUCUGGGAAGGAAGGGAGCGAUGGGCUGACGUAGCAGCCCAUCUCCGUACGAUGACUCGCAUCACGGUGACGGCGGUGGAGCCGCGAUCUCAGGACGCGAUCCUCUCCCACCUCUGCGCCUUCCCCAUCACGCUGAAGCAGCACCUGAGGGGAGAGAGGAGUGGCUCUGAACUAGAGCCCAUUUUCGACGCGUUCAAUCCCAACGAGGUCGAGGACGGGGACGAGGACGGGUCCCACAACAUUCAGAACAUCCUCGGAGCCAACAACAUGCCCCUGACCCUGUUGACGUCUCUCUCUUCACAGGCGGUGUUCAUGGCGGAGGGAUCCAAGAGAAGACGGUAUAUGUCCAUCUCUUCGCAGAUCAAAGUGUCUUCACCAUUCCGAUAG